AGGGGUAUAAGCCGGCGGUGGGGCUGCUCUGCCCACACGUGGGAGUGGGAAAUGGAGAGAACCCGCCCCUUAGAGGAAAAGCCACGAGUUGCUGCUGCGUUUCAGGAAAGGGAGAAAGAAAGCGUGCGACAGGGAGUGGGAGCCCCAAGUGAAGAGGAGCCCCUGCAAAGUCAGCCCUGGACACCGGGACCCCAGAGGGGCCGAGUGCUGCCUGGUUCUGGAUCCCACUCGGCUCAGCUCAGAACUUGAAGAGUGAGCAAGAACAAUGCCGGGAGGUAUGGAGAAAGCCUGUCAUCAGUGCAUUUCCAAAAUCGCCAGCAAUGCCUGCUUCGUUUUUGUGCUCUGCGCUUUCCUGGCUCUGCCGCUGUCCAUGGCCUUCAUAGGAAUGAAGUUUUUGGAGGACUGCCCCAUACAGCCCCUCAUUCCUUUAUAUUUGCUAGUGGGUGGCAUCGUCGGUACCUUAAAGGUGUCUCUCCUGUUGUACGACUCCACCAGGAUGAGGCGGCUGCUGUCCAAGGCCGUGGUGAUCGAUGACGAUGACGAGGACGAGUACCCCUGGAGGCAGAAUGCGCACAGAUACUACAUUCACCUCCUGCUGAGCCUCUUCCUCUUCCUCUGGUUCAUCCUGGGAAACUACUGGGUCUUUUCUGUAUACCUGCCUGAUUUCCUUCCCCCUUUCCAGCAGCCGCAGGACUACUGUGACAAAACCCUGUACGUCUUUGCAGUCGGGGUCCUGGCGCUCAGUCACACGGUGCUGGUCUUGCUCGUGCUGUGCAGCGGCUGUGUCUACCUGUGCUCCAGGUCCAUCGUCAGUGCUUGCUGGGGAGCCUCUUUAUGAUUGAAGUCCGCAUGCUUUAGAAUUGCGUAUGAAGAUGCUGUCAUGACUGUUUCUAGGGCAGUGCCCAGGCACAUGUGGCACCUGCUUAACUGUGCUUCUCUCAACCACAUUCAUAGCCUUUCUGUAUAUUUACACAAUGCUGAGCUGUGUUUAUUUUGAAAUUUUUUAAUUUUGUUGGUGCUUUAUCAUCAAACCAAUCCCUGAGUGGGCAUGAAUGGAGGCAUCUCCCUUCAUCAGAAGUGUCAGCUCACACUGAGAGGCUCAUUCUUCUCCAUAGCUUUAAGGGAAAGGCCCUGUGAGUUUAGAAGUGCUCCCCAGCAUCUGUCACCUGCAGUCACCCUUGAUGCCCCUUUCCUCCCAGGUGAGAAGGAAGUGCUUCGUGUGCCAUCUGCUGGACAAAGGAGGAACAGUCCUUUUUUUGCUCCAGUCCCUCUGGGCAGUUUCUGUUUUCAUUUUCACUUGAGCCAUGGCAGAAGACCAGCCGGUGGGCAGCUUGCAGAUCCUACCUCACCUAUGACGCCCAGCCCCAUCCUCACUGUGUCCUGCGUUGCCUUCUCCGUGUCGGAGACCGGGGAGGGUCUGUGGGAUAUGGUGCUGGGGUGGACAGGGGUUCUGUGGGCUCCCCUCCCACUCUCCUUUCCCCAGUCCAUGAGUCAUCAGCCACUCCUAGUCACUUAGACAAUGCUUGGACGUCUGUGAGCAGCAAAGACCUGGGCCCAGGGACCCCUGCAUGACUCCCGCAUGAGAGCCUCUGAGGCUUCUGUUGCAAGGGCCAUGGGAAAGGCGGAAGGAGCUAUGAACAACUGUGGGCAUGAAGAGUGCUUUGGGUGUGUCAGUAGCUUGGUCUCAAACCUUGGAAUUUCCAGUUUCUGUAGGCAUGAGUAUCCCCAGAGUGUUGCAGAAAUCUUUCCCAGAGGGAGUGGUGGACGAAGGGUGCUCAUUCUCAUACGUACCCCCGCCCCAGCCCACCCCUGGUUGUAAUGGAGAAUAUUGGUCAUAGGUCCUAAAUAAUUGCUAAAAUCUGGACUAUAUUUUUAGCUUUGCAUUUCCUUGUCACCAAAGCAGUAAGGAAGAGGUGACGAUCUCUUGCUCUAAGUCACAUAUCUUCCCUGGUUUGAGGUUACAGCGAGCCAUGAUUGUGCCACUGCACUCUAUUCUGGGUGACAAAAUGAGAACCUAUCUCUAAAAAACAAAAUACAGGUUAGAUGUGAAAGAAAAUGUUCAUGUGCAUUCAUUCAUAGAGGGGACACUGAGUGGUUCAGUGGGUGACAUCUUCAGCACAGCAGUCUUGGAGUGAUGAUUAAUUAAGGCCUCCCUCAGGGGAUGGUGAGAUGGUUAUGAUAAGGCACAUUUCAAGGAAAAGGUUCUGGGGCCAAGGCAAAUGGUCCAUACCUGUGGUUCUUUGAAGUCUGGCUUACUCUAGACUUCAGAUGUUGGGAUGACAUCAGACUGUCUACGAAGGGCUGAGCCAUGUGCCCUUUAAGUGAUCACCUCUUAGUGUGAUUUCACUCAGCUGGAGGUGAGUGUAAGAAGUUCCUGGUUAUCGUCCUUGGCAUGGCCUGAGGUAGGCAUUCCACAUUCAUGUGAAGUGUGCUGUGUACACCUGCAGAAUGAAAAUGCCCAAGACUGGCCCAAGAGAUGGGCAGCCUUCCUCAACAGAAACUUGGCAAGGCAAUGAGAAGUGGACACGGGAGCACUAAACUUUCUGGAUGCUGUGAAACCUCAAGGGAAAAAAUUAAGUGGCGGAGAGGGAUAAUCAGUUCUUCCUGUGUGAGAAAAGACUGCAGCAAAAAUAAACUGUAUGUUGAGGUCAUUUUAUUUGCUACAUUGGGCAUCAUUCUAAAAACCAUUCUUUGCCUGAAUGUAUAUAAAUGACAGUUGACAGCGGUAAAAGUAGGGCCAUUUCACUGGAGUCAGCCACACCAGUGGCUCUCAAACCUCGGCAAACCCUCAGAACUCCCCAAGGACGUGUUUCCAACGCAGUGUCACAGCCCCCAGAGACUCUGACCCGAGGGGCCCGGCUGGUUCUGAUUCAGUGGCCAGAGAACCACAUGUGCACACUCAGGCCAUACAUACAGCCUGGGCUGGCUUGUCAGGCCCAUCUUGGUCAUCACCGUGAGGGUAAGAUAAUGUCUAUUCCAGUACUUUGUGUUAUUUCCUUCUCUUUUAGUAUGAGAAGCGGCCAAGUGGUCAAUAGCUUUCAUUUUUGUGUGACCAAAUUUUGUGCUUCAUUUCCUUCUGGGCAUUUUUCAUUGUUGAUGAAAUAAACUUUGUUCAAUUUGU